AUGUUCGGGGUGGGGGUGGUGGGCAACCUGAUCGCCAUCGUGGUGCUGUGCGUGUCGAAGAAGGAGCAGAAGGAGACGACCUUCUACACGCUGGUGUGCGGCCUGGCGGUCACCGACCUGCUGGGCACCUGCUGCACCAGCCCGGUGGUGAUCGCCGCCUACCUGGGCCGGCGCUGGCCGGGGGGGCAGCCGCUCUGCCACUUCUUCUCCUUCUCGAUGCUGUUCUUCGGCUCGGCCGGGAUGACGGUGCUGUGCGCCAUGUCGGUGGAGCGCUACCUGGCCAUCAACCGGGCCUUCUUCUACAGCCGCUACGUGGACCGGGCCCGGGCCCGGGCGGCCCUGGCCGGGGCCUACCUGGUCAACCUGGUCUUCUGCGCCCCGCCGUGCUUCGGGCUGGGCCGCAACGUGCGCCACUUCCCCGGGACCUGGUGCUUCCUGGACUGGCGCGCCGCCAGCCCGGCCUCGGCCUCCUACACCUACCUGUACGGCGGCUUCAGCUGCUUCCUGAUCGCGGUGACGGUGCUGUGCAACCUGUCGGUGUGCGGGGCGCUGGUCCGCAUGAGUCAGAGGUCCACCGGCCGAGGAGGGGGGGGAGGGGACCUCCCACCCCCCUCCCGCCCUCCCGGCACCGGGGGCUCCAGGGGUCGCGGCCUCUCCCGCUUCACGGUCUCGGCGGCCGAGAUGCAGAUGUUUUGGCUGUUGGUCUUCAUGACCAUCGUCCUCGUCUGUUCCAUCCCUCUGGUGAUCCGCAUUUUUGUGAAUCAGCUGUACGGCCCUGGGAAGAUCCAGGCUGGUGAGAAAUUGGAUUACAUUAGUGACCUUCGCGCAAUCCGUUUUGCAUCAUUUAACCCAAUCCUGGAUCCUUGGGUGUAUAUACUCUGCAGGAAGAAGCUUUUACUGCGCAUGAAAGAAGAGCUCAAGGAACUUCAGAGGCAAAACAGUCACGGAGCUGGCACAGUGAGACAUUUGUUUACAGAAUUCACAAAUCACCAAAUGUGGGAGCAGCAGCUCACGGGUCGAGCUUUCACCCCUUCAGUAUCCCACAUGAGAAUCACGUGGACCUUGACAAGACUCUCUCUGGGACGCCACCACAGACUAAAGCCAUCUUGUGCACGAUACUGCAAGAGAAGACCAUCACGGAACCCCGGGUCAACACACAAAACAACACUGGGCCAAACCAGGAGGAGAGACCAUUUGACAUUUUGAAUUGCACUUUCAGCACUCCUUCAUCUUGUGUAUCAGAGAAAAGUAUUUAAUUUUCUAAAAAAAAACACACACAAACAAACUAUUGCACAAUUAUCUAAAGACUCGCGGAAUAUUUUAAGAGCCAGGCUCAUAUUUGACACAGAUUCUGCUGCCAUAUUGUUUGAAAGGAAGGUACCAAUGGUUUUGAAUCUUCACAUUGAUGUUUUUCAGCUUGUUUGUGGCAAUGCUCCUUGUGCCUAUGUGUGUUCACAGCUGAGACUAACGCUAAGAUCGUUUCCAUCACACACUUGAAAUGAAACAAACAGAAGACAACUUUAAAUUUAAAGAAUUUAAAGAACUUAGAACAUGUCAAAAUAAAGUCCACAAAUUUUAGGGUUGAUUGACACUCAUUCUUCCUCUGCAGCAGCCAAAGUAAAUUCAAAAACAUUUUUGUAAUGUAAGAUUUAUUGGUAAGAAGCUAUCUAACUCUUACCCAAAACUGGUACUACUAGACUACAUCUUGUCACAAUUCAGAAUUUACUCAGCAUUAGAGUAGCAUGUUUACAUUUAUAUUUCCCUGUUGCCCCUACUGUAGCAUAGAAUGUCUUUCAUAUUAAUACGAAAUGCCUCUUAAAAGAUAUGUGAAGUGUCUAUUUGGAAUCUCCACGAAAAUGUAAGAGUCAGUUAGUGAACGGAUGCCAAAACGAUUCACACUAAUUAUACUUGUGCAGUGAAAUCAACACAUCUCCAAGCUUCUGGUGAUUUACUUUCAGUGAUACAUUGCUCACCACUGAUUUAUACCGGACAUUCAAGUCCUGAGAGAGUACAGCUAUAAUUAAGUCACUUGUCCUGUUUAUUGACCAGGGCCAAUUGUUCCUCGUCUUGCAAGAAAAUCAUAGAAU